AUACUUACAUACACUAAGGUCCUCCCUGUAGCCUUUUCCCUAGCCGUCAUGAAUCCUUCUUCGGAAUUUAAUCGUUUCGGAGCACCCUCAACGAACAUGAGGGGAAAGCGUGCCUUGACUAUUGUUAUCAAGCUUGGUUCGUCUUCCCCCACCUGCCCUCUAACCCUUUCCUCUUCCCCCGCCAGCGGGUUGACGGAGGGGGGAUAAAUGUGUUUGCUAUAGGCACUUCGUCCAUCUGUGACGAAAAGACUCAUGACCCGCUGCUGUCGAAUCUGUCACUGCUGGUUGAGACAGCGGUCAGGCUUAGGAGAGACGGGCACAGGGUUAUCCUGGUUUCUUCCGGGGCUAUUGGGAUUGGGCUUAAGAGGCUGGAUAUUGAGAAAAGGCCGAAACAUCUUGCUGCUGCCCAAGUUUGUUCCCGUUCUUCUCGUGGGGGGGGGGGGGGGGGGAGAAGCUGAUUGGUAUAUGAUAGGCUAUAGCGGCGGUCGGUCAAUGCAGAUUGAUUGCACUUUGGGACGGACUGUUUACGCAGCUUCGCCAGCCGGUUGCACAGGUUCUACUGACGAGGAAUGAUAUUGCUGAUGUUUGUUCUCUUUUGCACGUCUUAGUGUUGGAAUCAUGGCUGAUGCGGGUUGCUCUGGGAUGGUACAGAGGACUCAAUACCUCAAUGCUUCAAACACCUUUGCUGAGUUGCUGAACAUGGGCAUCAUUCCUAUUGUCAAUGAGAACGAUACUCUAGCUGUCAAUGUAUGCUCGGGCUGCUCAUGCGACUGUCCGGCGAGUGGGAAGGUGAUUAACGGUUUGGCAUCUAGGAAAUCAAAUUCGGAGAUAACGAUACUUUGUCGGCAAUUACUGCCGGCAUGGUAAACGCGGAUUAUCUGUUCCUUAUGACGGACGUGGAUUGUUUGUAUACGAACAAUCCCAGAACCCACCCGGAUGCGCAGCCAAUCGAGGUCGUAGCAGAUAUUUCGAGUCUUAAAGUUGAUGGUGUGUAAUAUAUAUUGGCCCAUGACUACAGAUAUUUCUGUUUGCCCAAUACUGACAGCUUGUAGUAUCCAGUACUGGCUCGACACUAGGCACCGGCGGCAUGGCCACCAAACUCACGGCGGCCCGCCUAGCCACCUCCGCAGGUGUGACCGCAAUAAUUACCCGCUCCUCGAUCCCCAGCAACAUCUUCCACAUAGUUGCAUACAUCCAGUCCCUCAAAGAAGCCGAUCCCAGCUCCCAACCGCAAACCCCCAGCAUAACCAAGACCUCGCCAACUCUCACCCCCAUCACCAGCACCGACGACCCAAUAGCCUUUUCCCCUCUACUCUCCACCCCAACCUCCCUCUCCGCGGUGAAGCUAGCCCACUCCCCGACUCCCCCGCCAGCUGCAUCCCUACCGCAUCCUCUCCACACUCGCUUCCUGCCCAAACCUCGCGCCCUCCGUGACCGUUACUUCUGGAUCCUCCAUGGGCUCGCCCCGAACGGGACUAUCUACAUCGACGAGGGCGCGUACGGUGCUCUCACUCGGAGGGACAAGGCCGGCUUGCUGCCGGUCGGGGUUGUGGAUGUCGCAGGGACGUUCGCGCAGCAGGAGGCUGUCACCCUGGCUGUUGUUCAGAGGAUCGUCGGUGGCGGGUACAUCAUUAAGGGGCCGGAGGUGGGAAAAGCGUUGGUGAAUUACUCGUCCGCGGAGAUUGGCAGGAUUAUGGGACAGCAGAGUUUUAGGAUCCAGGAGCUGUUGGGAUAUGCUGGUAUGCAUUUCCCUUUCCCUUCUUCU